GAAGAAGCAGCAGCGUGUGUCAGAGUUGAACCCGGUGAAAACAUGGUUGAACACGGGGACAUCCGCGUGGUUCACCGUGGAGGGAGUAAAAUAAACUUCAGAGAGCCUGUCAUAACCAGCGAUUCAAGGUUCCUGCUGUGCGCCUCAGGUGAGUGUGUGAAGGUGUUCAGCUCCUCCACUGAGGAGUGCAUCCACGACCUGCGAGGACACACCGACCUGGUGACAGGUGUGCUGCUCAAACCCUCCAACCACCUGCAGGUCUACUCGUGCUCAGCAGAUGGCACCGUCAGACUUUGGGACUUCACAGACGGCAUCCUAAUUAAGACUUACGUCAUUGGAUACCCGAUCUACUCCAUCCACGCUUCUGCAAAACAUGAAGGAGUCAUCUUUGUUGUUACAGCCACGGUAUCUGACAAAAGAACAGAGUCGUUCCAGCUGGUUGCAGUACAUCUGCCACAGAGUGGAGAUCAGCUGGUGGAGGCCCGAGAGCUUUCUGCUGUGCUCAGCAACGUCAGCUCCAACCCAGCGGCCAUCGACUUCGGCAGAGGGGGGGAAUAUAUCGCUUCAGCUUCAGGUUUGCUGCUGGAGGUCUUCUUUUUUAAGAAGCAGAAGGCUUACAGGUUUUCCCUCAAAGAAGACAACAAGAAAGGAGGAAAGAACACGUUCAUGUGCAUUUCUUGUCACCCAAAAGAUGACUGCAUCGCCACUGGACAUGAGGACGGCAAGAUUCGCUUAUGGAGAAACUUCAACCAUCAGAAGGAGUACACGUACACCACGCUGCACUGGCACCACAACGCUGUCAGCUCGUUGUGCUUCACCCCUGAAGGCACAAACCUGUUGAGCGGAGGCAUCGAGUCGGUGCUCGUCCAGUGGAGAUACAAUCAAGAGAGUCAGAAAGACUUCCUGCCCCGUCUGGGCGCCGCCAUCACACACAUCUCUGUCUCACCUGAUGGAGAGCUCUUCUGCACCUCCCACAGCGACAACAAGAUCACGAUCAUCCAGAGCUGUGUUAAAGUCUCAGCUGUGAUCCAGGGUCUGGUCAAAGGAGAAAAUGUGAAGACAGACCUGAUGGUGGACCCUCGCAGUAAAUCCUUGGUGCUGAAUGGAAAACCAGGACACCUGCAGUUUUACUCGCUCCAGAGAGACAAACUGCUCUACAAUUUGGACAUCGUGCAGCAGGAGUUCAUUCAUGAGUUGGGUCUGCAGCAGUUUGAGGUGGUCAAUGCGGCCUUUGAUGCCUCGGGCAGCUGGUUGGCAACAGUGGAAGAGAGAAAGCAGAAAGACACUGAGCUGGAGCUGAAUCUGAAGCUGUGGGCUUUUGAUGAACAAACACAGAGUUUUGUGCUGAACACAACCAUCUCAGCCCCACACGAGGACCGGAUUACAGACAUGUGCUUAUGCCACGCAGACGAAAGUCAGACCACCGUGCUGGUCUCCACCAGCAAAGAUGGACACUUCAAAGCCUGGCAGCUCGCUGCAGCGGCCCACACAGAAGCAGAUGAAGGGCCAUCCUGGAUGUGUGAUUUCGUCGGAGCCUAUCACAGCAUGGUGCCCCAGUGCUGCUGUUUCUCCGCUGACGGGUCUCUGUUGGCCGUCAGUUUCCAGGAGGUGGUGACCGUGUGGAGCCCGGCCUCCUGGGAGCUCCUCACGACUCUGUCCCAGCCUCCAGGAGCCAUCAGGAAUCUUUGUUUUGGCCGAUUAAGCUGCUCCAAGUAUCUGCUGGGAACGACGGCCAACAACCUGCUCUGCUGCUGGAACCUCCUCACCUGCUCACUGGAGUGGAGCACCUCGAUGGACGUCAGCCUGCUGCUGGCUGACCCGAUCUCUGAAAACAUGGCUGCCUUCUGCUGCCAGGCUGGAGCCACAGACUUGUUUUUGUUUAAGCCCAGUGAGCCUCGGCCGCUGUUUUCCCAGAAGGCUGUGUGCUCGGGGAAGGUGACUCGCGCCGUCUUCGCUCCCAGGGAGGAGAUGCUGGAGAGCUGUGAGGAGAGCAGCCAGUGGCUAAACAGAUCCCAGCUCUACUUCCUCACUCAGUACAUGGAUCUCAUGACGUUCACCACCAAAGCAGAGGAGGACAGACUGAUGGCAGCCAGCAAACAGCUUGUGAUUGAUGACACCGUCGCCAUGACACCGUUCUACCUGUUGCUGGGGAAACACCGUCAACAUGAAAAUCAGGUCACGCCGAGCGAUCCGUCUGCAGAGAGAGAACCUUUACCACAGGGCUCAGUCGCCAUCAAAGAGCUCCUCCAGACGCCGGCCCACGUCUUGCCCUCCACGUCUUUCCUCUGCUCCAUGUUUGUACGGUCUCUGCUCAUCUCUGUCACAGACACCAGCGCGGAAAGCAAACCGGCCGAGGAGGAAAUGGAGAGUGAGAAAGAGGAAGAAGAUUCAGAGGGGGAAAUGGAAACCAGCAGCUCGAGGCCGACGCAGCAAACGUCUGUGGGAGUCGGAGUCACGGAGUCUGCAGAUUCCCCCGCUCUGACAAAAGCUCAGGUUAGAGAACUGAGGAGGGUGAGGAAACUGGAUCACAGCUGGAUCACAGGCCUGCUGGACCCCUGAACAUGACACCUGUACAAAGACAGACACUCACCGAUACAGUGCAUGGAGAGAGUCUUCAUCACAUUCAUGGAUUUUGAUUGUUUUUGUUUUACACCAUGAUGUCAGAAUGGAAAAAAUAUGUUAACCAAAUUUGGCAGAAAUGACAUCUUGAGUCAAUGAGGACCUUUUCCUCGUCAUCUGAACAACUUAGUCCUGCUCCUGGAGACUCACUUUGUUUCGUCGCCCCUUUUUUUUGUUCAGCUUUGUACUUCAGUUUUUGUUUGAUUUAAAAAUAAAUCUCUUCCUGAGUCUCUAGCCCUAUGCAAUUCUGCAACUAAGUCAUGACGAAUCACCGCUGUCAUUACACCUCAA